AUGAGCUACUCAACCUUAAUCCAAACCAACUCUCCUAACAAUCAUGAAGGAGAAGACAAAGACUUCUGUUUCUGGACUUCACCGUCUUUAGAAUCUUCAAGGAGCAAAGAUAUUUUGGAAGGAAAGAAGGAACUUAUGGAGAUGAUGCAGCGCAUGCCGGAGUCGAGCUUUGAACUCUCUUUCCCAGAAGCUAAACUUGAACCAGAACCGGUGGAAAGUAAAGUUCAACAACCUCAACACAAAAAGAUGAAUGAGAAGAAGAAAAUAAAGAAGGAAAACAAAAGCAACAGUACUGGUAGACAUGGUAAGAUAUUGAGGGCUGAAAGCAUGGACAGUGAAACAUUCUUACUGAAGAUGGUUUUUCCAACUUCUCUUGAUUGGAAGAAGAAGAAUACUAAAAGAAAAAAUGGUUCCAAGGUAGAAGAAAAAGAUAAAGAAUGGAGAAUCAAAAGAUUUUUCACUCAACAUAGACAAAAUACUCGUAGCAGUAGUAGUAGCAGCAACAAUAGCAAUGACAAAAGCAGGUAUGUUGAUCGCAGCUUCUCAUUCUCACAAGGUUGCUUCCCAUUCUUUGAUCAUAUAAAAAGCAAAGUAAAGAAGAACACUUUGAGACUUGGAGGAUGA